UGUAAGCUCGCGCACCGGCGUGGCUGGGAUGGGUGAUCCUGCCUGGGUCACAACGAGUCCAUUCACUCCGCCGCGCAUCCCCCCUCGUGCUCAGAAACCUCGUUUCGUCUCAACUUGGGCGGCGGGGCGAGGUGUCAGAACCUCGGCAGAGGCCUCUGGGCUUGCCCGGUGACCUCUCUUUCCAGGAUCGGAAUCGAGCCUCAAGUACUCGGGCGGCCGCAGGAUAAGUGGCCAAGAAGGCUUCCAGACAAGUCACGCUUGGAAUCCGGGUUUGAUGCUCCUUUGCUACCUGUGUGAUCCGGGCAAGCGACUUAACCCUUCUGAGGCACCUGGUGAUCCUCUGUGAAAUAGGAAUGAUGAAUAGUCCCUGCUUCCUAGGGCUGCUGGAAGGACUAAAUGAAACUGUGUAUAUCAGAUCUCUGUUAUGCUAUUAAUAGUUUUAGUGGGUACCUGCUUUGUACGCGGCAGACAAGGCGUUGGUCCUUGGGGUUGGCAGCUUACAGGUCUCUGUCCUCAAGCAGGUCUCUGUCCUCAAGCUGCUGAUGCGUGAGAAAAAUACGUGUGCAGUUAGCCGGGAUCCCGAAAACUGGAACACCACGGCUAGAUUUGAGAAAGGCAGUUCGUAUUUGGUGUGUGGUAGUCGUUGAGACUGUCCAGGCAGCUUCCUCAAAAAAGCAAGUUCCAAGUUGAAGGCGGUUGGAGCAUUUCAGUACUUGGUUGUGCUAUUAAUGCCCAAAUGGCAUUGUUAUUUCUUUAGAAGGUACAACAACUGAGGUGAAAUCCGGAUAUUUUAGACAGUCCCUAAUAUUUCGGUCGCGUUUACUAUUGGAUGGAAAUAGAAGACUAAUUUUCAAAUGAAAUGUUUAUUUCCACAUCCUUACUGCUGUCUUACUUUGAUGUCCGAGAUAUGCUCAUUUUAGUGACUCAAGCCAUCCCAGUGGGGGAAGCUCUCAUUUUAAAAAUAAACAUAUGCACUGAAGCUUGGAACAAGAUAUUUAUCUAAUUUCUGUGGCCAAAUUAAAGACCUACCAUGACAAUGAAGAAAGAGACUGAAUUUGUCAUUUUCACCUAAAGAAAAAUGCUAGACAAAAAUCAAACCUGUGGUGCAGGACAGGAUUCUAUGCCCUAUAUGACUUGUCUGAUUCACAUACUUGAAGAAUGGUUUGGUGUGGAGCAGUUGGAGGACUAUUUGAAUUUUGCAAACUAUCUCUUGUGGGUUUUUACACCACUAAUACUUUUAAUACUUCCUUACUUUACUAUCUUUCUUCUCUAUCUUACUAUUAUUUUCUUACACAUCUAUAAGAGGAAGAAUGUAUUAAAAGAAGCCUACUCUCAUAAUUUAUGGGAUGGCGCAAGGAAGACGGUGGCAACUCUCUGGGAUGGACAUGCAGCCGUUUGGCAUGGUUAUGAAGUUCAUGGGAUGGAAAAAAUACCAGAAGAAGGACCAGCACUUAUAAUUUUUUAUCAUGGAGCUAUUCCUAUAGAUUUUUACUACUUCAUGGCUAAAAUUUUUAUCCAUAAAGGCAGAACUUGCCGUGUAGUAGCUGAUCACUUUGUCUUUAAAAUUCCAGGGUUUAGUUUAUUACUUGAUGUAUUUUGUGCUCUACAUGGACCAAGAGAAAAAUGUGUUGAAAUUCUGAGGAGUGGUCACUUGUUAGCUAUUUCACCAGGUGGAGUUCGAGAAGCCCUAAUUAGUGAUGAAACCUACAACAUCAUUUGGGGUAAUCGUAAAGGCUUCGCUCAGGUUGCAAUUGAUGCAAAAGUGCCCAUUAUUCCUAUGUUUACACAAAAUAUUCGAGAAGGAUUUAGAUCACUUGGAGGAACAAGGUUAUUUAGGUGGCUUUAUGAAAAGUUCCGCUAUCCAUUUGCUCCAAUGUAUGGCGGUUUUCCAGUGAAAUUACGCACCUAUUUAGGUGAUCCUAUUCCCUAUGAUCCAAAGAUAACAGCAGAAGAAUUAGCUGAAAAGACAAAGAAUGCUGUUCAAGCUUUGAUUGAUAAGCACCAAAGAAUACCAGGAAAUAUUAUGAGCGCUUUGCUGGAACGUUUUCAUAAAAAACAAAAGACCAACUAGAAGACGAUUUAAUACAUUUAUAUUAGUAUGUUGUGUCUGUGGUAUGUCCUCUAAAUUUUGUAGGCUCUAUAAUUAGUAUUUUUUAAAAAAAUGUUAAUAAGAAGCAUCUUAGACUGAACUUGUUUGUUUAAAAUUUGUAUUGGUGAUUCUGUUUUUGCACUCAGUUGUGUCAAAUUUAAAUAGUAACUCAUUACAUGCCUAAUAAUUCAGAAAAUAUGUUUCUUUUUAUAAAUUCCUGAUAAUGUAAAAUAAACAUAUAGAUUUUAAAAAUUAAUGUCAUUAAUAACAACAAUUUAGGUUAAACAAGCAUUCCUAAAAUAAUGCAUCUAAUUUCUGUAUCUCUUGCACUGAGCUAAUUUUGCAAGAUGGCAGAGUUCAGUACAGACACUGAAGUUAGAGAAGAAAUACUCUUUCAUCUGCUCCUCAUUCCUUUCAUGACCUUGGGUGAAUCAUGUAAUGUUUUUGUGCCUCAACAAUUCACUUUUUAAAAACAUGCUAACACUGUUGAGGAAUAUUAUUUUAAAUUCUUUUUUUAAAUUUUAAAUUCUUUAUAGUUGCGGUGAUUGAUAACUGUAUAACUGAAAUUGUAACUGAAUCAAAUAAUACCAAGAAUUUUUAGAAGUUUGUGUAUAUAUUUGAUCCACACGGUGUUUAAAUUAUUUCUUUAGGUAUGAUGUCAAGUUGCCAAGCACAAUGGAAAAGAUAACACUGUUUUUCAAAUUGAAUAAAAAAAAAUUAAGAAAAGUAAAAUUUCUAAUAAUUAUUAUUAUUUUUAGUAUUAUAUUUUUGAACAAGAAUCUGUAGACACCCCCUAUAGGGUGUGCUGUGCAUUGUCAGCUAUGUAAUAUGGCAUUUAAUAGUAUAAGGUUAAAAACCACUGUUGUGCUCUGCAUUUUGUAUGUUAGAAGUUGAUUCUAGGCUGGUAAAAGCAGAGAUAAAGAAAGCUCAAUACCAUGGCUUAUUCAGUUUGACUUUGCAACCAGUCAAAUGGUUUAUUGUUUCAAUAAAAAUAUACUUGAAUGAUAAAUUUAUGUGAACACAAAGCUUUCUGAAAAAUUAAUGGCUUUCGACUUGUUGUCUCCUUGAAAUCUGAAUUUUAAAAGUAUUUAAAUGGAAAAAUACCAGAAAUCAAAUGCAGUAUCUUUUUCUCUUUUUCUUCCUUUUUUAGAUAUUAAAUUGGAUUUUUGUAUAGAUUUUUGUAAAACAAGUAUAUAUGUAUGCUACGUGUAAUGUAUAUAAAAUUAAGCAACAUAAAAUAAAAGUAAAGCUGAAUUGCAA